AUGGCGGCUCUCACCAUCACUCCUAGCAACAUGAUUCGUCAACCCUUCGCCAGCCUCGAUACACCGCGUUUACGCUCCUUGCUCAAGUCAAAGAUGAACAAGAAGAACCAGCAACACGGUGCCUCGAUGGCUGCCAAACGGACACCAUUGUCCGAGGUUGAUACGGAGAACAUCAACCCGGCUACUCUAAACAUGUCAACAAAGCGGAAGCGUGGCUCGGAUGAAGAGGACCAUCAGACCGUCAAAAGCACCUUCAAGUCACCUAAAUCCUCCCGCGUGGCAUUGGUGACUAUCGAAUCAAAGUCUGCCCCCCUUAUGCCCUCCACAAUCUUCAAGGCCCCUCUACCGAAGCCUAAAUCUUCCUCUGCCCCUAAGCCAAUCGGCCGUUCGCCUCCACCCAAAACCUCCAAGCCCUUUGCUCGUCGAUCAACCAUCACAAAGAGCCGACCACACUCGACAGGCAAGAAGAGCGUUGCGCGCCCAUUCUCUAUUGCAGCAGCGUUGGGCACUCUGAAGCCUAAGAGUCAACCCACUCCGAAGGCGCCUGCGUCCUGGGCCUUUGAUAUCUACGUGGAUUCGGAGCAGGAGGAAAUGACCAACCUCAUGCAGCACUCCACCUGCGUACUAGACAUCAGUGAUGAUGAGUGCAAGGUGGAGACCUCGAGUCGCGGCAAGGAAAACAUCCCUCCGUCCGAGUUGGGACUGGGCCUGCCUCAUUUCCGUCAAAGCGAGACCACUCGCCCCACGCGGAAAACCGAGAUGACGGACGAGCCUCGCUCUCCGCUCGGGGAGCUCAAUGCUGCGGACUACUACGGUGCAGAUUGCCAUGCCUUCUCUUAUGCGGUGAUCUAUGAGGACGCCGAGAACACUCCGGAGAAGAAGACCUCCCUGCCACCUUUGCCGCGCACCGCUGCGCAUCCCAGCCGCUCGAAGUUGUCGAGCGUGUCCUCCAUCUCCUCUCUCAUCGAAGCUACCCAGCCCAGCAAGUCUGCCGAGUCGGCGAGGCCGGAGUCAUCCGAAGCCGAGAUUCAAAUAUGGGAGAGCUCAAGUGUCGACGGAGAGGAGAGCACGAGCACUCAUCCUGAAUCGACAUCCUAG